AUGGACAAUGUGGUUUUCUAUCAGGACGGUUUCAGGGAUGGAAUUGACGCAGGCAAAGAGGCUUCCCUUCAGCAAGGCUUCAACUUGGGCUACAGAGAAGGAGCUGUUAAAAUGAAGGCCAUUGGUCAAUUCAAAGGAAUCGUGAGUGCUCUGCGGUGCUGGUGUCAGUCACAGCCAUCAAUGAGCUUAGAGCCCAUCACACAGCUGCUUCAGAAAGUAGAGAAACACGAAGAAGGCAUAUUUGAGGCCAUGCGUAAAGCUCAGGAGCUGCCUCCUCCCAGUGUAUCAGAGCUUGCUGGAGAUAUGGAUGACCUGGGUGUAGAUCAGAGCGAUUGUGGAGGCUCUGACUGCUGCAGAAAUGAAGAAGACAGUGAACGUUGCCGGAAAGGACAGAGUGACUGCUGUGGACACGACAAGGACGGCAGUGAGAGUUCAGCUAGGAUUCAUACUGAGAGUUUGUUUGUGAAGCGGGAGAGUCUGGAGCAGUUACUUCACAGGUGUAUGGAGCUGGUGACUGAAAUGGGACUGCCUGAAGAGCUGAGGCUCCGUAUUCAACAGCUCAGACACGCGUGUAUUUGA